AUGUCCGAAUUCCCUACUCUCCAGCCCGCCUUCACCUUCAAGGUACAGCCUCCAAUACAAAACCCCCGCGUGCCCACACAACUAAUAGCGUCGGGCAGCGCAUCUCGGCAGAACAGCCUGCAGGUCGUCCCCAUGACCGGCGGCACUGUCCAGAGUGCGCCUGGAUUCUCCCCUGCUCUUGAUGCCGAGUUCGUCGGUGUUGGCAACGAUUACAUCCAUGCGGAUGCCGAUGGCAAGCACCUGCGUCUGGAUGCGCAUGGUGUUAUCAAGCCCAAGGAUGGCGAUGAUCUCAUCUACCUGAACUACACUGGUGUCUGCACCCUGCUUCCCGAAGUGCAGGCCGUCUUCGCCGGAGCUGCUCCUGAUGGCUCGACCCCGUUCAACAGUGCUUUCACGCACAUUACCUUCGAGACCGGCAGCGAACGCUACAAGGAGCUCGAGAACCGCGUCUUCAUCGCCCAGGGACGCUUCAACGUUGAAAAGGGCAAGCCCACUGUAGUCGAGUACCGCGUCAGCCAGGUUGUCCAGGGCUAA